AUGGCAGACGACCUGCAGAGGGCCGUGCGCGGCGAGACGGCCAGGCGCAGCUGGAGCGCGCCCGAGCCCUGCACUGAUGCAGCUGCAGACGGCGAGGCGCUGCCCACCGAGCUCUGCUGCGAGCACCCGGAGGCACAGCGUGAGGGGCAGACCCAGCUGAUGCAGGGCGAGCUCAACCGCGACUGGAAUGCCACGGCUGACCCCAAGCUGCCCUCAAAAGUGGUGUCGCCCGGCGUCGGGUACCAGGCCGAUGCUGAGUGA